AUUGUACAAACCAUAGAUACGAUACACUCUCACAAUAUGUCAGCAGAUUACUGGAGUUCAUCACAACGAAAUAAAUGGCAAUUAACUAGAUUUUCACUUCUCGAAGCCCGAAGGAAAGUGUUGCUUCUUGAACGGAAGAUGAUACAAAAUGGACUCAUUAAAGAUUACCCAAAUAUAGUCUACGAUUACAACAUGCGAAUAUACUUACAUAAUUUACUUAUUAAAUUAGGACGAAGAUUAAAUGUUAGACAGAUUGCGUUGGCCACUGCCGAAGUAUACCUAACUCGAUUUCUUACCCGAGUUCUGUUGAAAGAAAUUAAUGUUUAUUUGUUAGUAACCACCUGUGUUUAUGUCGCCUGUAAAAUUGAAGAAUGUCCACAACAUAUCAGGUUAAUUAUAAAUGAAGCAAGAAAUAUUUGGCCUGAGUAUAUUCCUCAUGAUGUAACAAAGCUAGCUGAAUUUGAAUUUUAUCUAAUUGAAGAAAUGGAUCUGUAUUUGUUAUUACAUCAUCCUUACAAAUCUCUCAUACAAAUUAAAGACUAUUUGGUUGAAAAUUAUACCGUGUUUGGAUUGAAGUUCUCUGAUGAAGAAUUGCAAAACGCGUGGAGUUUAAUUAAUGACAGCUAUAUUACGGAUUUACAUCUAUUAGUGCCCCCUCAUAUAAUUGCUAUGGCGGCCAUAUAUAUCACGAUAGUUCUUAAGAAAAACCUAACACAAAUACGAAGUGGUGCAAACACCGAUGAAACCAAACAAGAUCCAAAAGAGUUAGAUGCCAAAGUAAUGAAUAUUGACGAUUUAAUGAAUCUUACAAAAGUGAAUACUUCCAGUCAAGAAGGCACAUCUGGGCAUCCCCAGCAAGUGUCAACUGAUAACCAACCAACGACUAAUUUUCAAGACGAUUUAAACAUCCUAGAUGAAGAUACUAUAAAAAUCAAUAAAUUCAUGAACUUUCUUGAUCAUUCCCAUAUUAAUUUGGAUGAAAUGGUGGAGGCAAUGCAAGAUAUGAUUAAUCUUUAUGUAUUGUGGAAUCGAUACAAUGAGCAAGGAGCUAAAAAGGCAUUGCAAGUUAUGUUACUUACUAGAAUGUAAUUUACAUAUAUAUAGUUACUGCUUACAUCUAUUGUUGAUAAGCCUACAAUAACCAACUUAACAAUAUGAUCUCAUAUUGACUCAAAAUGGGAGGAAGAGGGGGGGGUUGUUUGUUAUAAUCAAAAGUUUGAUUUUUUUUGGGGUUUGAGUUGUACCUGCUGCAAUAACAAGAAUUAACACAAUUAGUCCGAUUAGUUUAUAAGGUGGGCUAAGUGUUAUUCUUUAUGUGGGUUUGAUAAGCAUAGUACCUGUUGAAUGUCUACAUUAUGUGAAUGUCACACUUCACUUUAUGACACAUUCUGCACUAUUAUUAGUUCAAAGUAUAAUAUGAUUCGUCUUGUUGCUAAGUCUCUUUAUUUAGUUUUGAAAUAAUCUACAAUAAAUUCGUGAUUGCUUCAAAGAAAUAUAUAUAUUAUUCAGGUGAUAUACAAACAACUGGCAUAGACUUUUUAUAAGUUAGACAGGUAGUCUUGAUUUCGCAACCGAAACAUCAAGAUUCCGCUAUAUGCUAUUAUAUUAGGAGUAUCAUCCGUGAUAAGAGCUCUAAUUGGCAUUUUAUCCCUAGUUGAUCUUGGUAGUAAAACUUCUUGGAAUUUUUCUGGUAG